AUGAAGUUCUCGCACUCAUUACAGUUUAAUGCAGUACCGGAAUGGUCUUCCAGGUAUUUGGCGUAUUCACAAUUGAAGCGGCUUAUUUACUCCUUGCAAAAGGAAAAACUGUACCAGAGCAGUUUCACAGACCCCGAAAGCGUAACGUUGCUAGACUCGUAUACUCGGAAGUUUGUUGAGGCCCUGGAUAAAGAACUCCACAAGAUCGACAAAUUUUACGCUCAGCAGGAAUCUCGUAUUUUCAGCUCCUACCAAGAGGUUCGGGACGAUCUAAUUGAUUUUCAGGCGCAACAGGCGAUUAAUGACUUCAGCAGCAGGCGGAGCAGCGCUUCUAAUAUAUCGGAAGCGUCUGGAGCUUCAGGUGCUUACAUACGUCCCACGGCUUCUUACUCGGACGAUGAGGACAACGCAAACUCCAGCAACAGAACUGGACUGGCCACUAGCGAUAUAGCCCCAAUGGUAUCCCGUAGUACGCACUACAUGGCAAGACUCGAUCCGCUUAUGGAGGACAAGAUAAAUCUUAAAAAGAGACUUGUAGUUGCCUUUACCCAACUGUCAGAACUCAAGAGUUUUAUCGAGCUUAAUCAAACAGGAUUCUCAAAGAUUUGCAAAAAGUUCGACAAAAGUCUGGAAACCAGUAUUAAGGCGGAGUAUAUGACACGCUUGCCGGCCAGGGCCACGAUUUUCCGUCCGGAGACGUCCUCCGCAAUUGAGUCCAGAAUUAAUGACACAAUUGGCAUGUAUGCCAAUUUGAUGGGGACUUCGACCCAAGCCGGCGACGAAAUUGUCAGUUUCAAGGAGGCAGAGCGAGAACUUUCAGUUCAUUUGAGAGAGCACGUUGUUUGGGAGAGAAAUACUGUCUGGAAAGAUAUGAUGAACUUAGAGCGUCAAGCUCAAAAUGUGAAAACUUCUGGCGCCAUAAAACGCAAACCUACGAAGAUCAAACUGCUUGAUGACGAGAUUCAAGAUUCUCCAAAUCCAGAAGAACUGCCAAAUGGAACUUUGACGGAUGCUUUACACUUAACCCCAGCUCAAUACUUCAAAUUAUUGGUCAAAUCGAGAGGUCUUCUAAAAUUUUGUGCAAUUACGCUGGUUUUUCUUAUAACUUUGAGAAUAUCACCCUUUGAGGACAUCUUGCAAAAAAACUGUUUGGCCAUUUUGAUAUACGCAUCAUUGCUGUGGGCCACAGAGACGAUCCCACUUUUCGUCACCUCAUUAAUUGUUCCUCUGUUAAUAGUCGUUCUUCCUGUUUUGAAGGAUAUUGAUGGUCAUGUCAUGAACCCGCAACAGGCCUCUCAGUACAUUUUAUCCACCAUGUGGUCAAGCGUUAUCAUGCUAUUGUUAGGUGGUUUCACCCUCGCCGCCGCUUUGUCAAAGUACAACGUGGCAAAAGUGAUUUCAACUCAUGUCUUGGCCUCUGCAGGAACGAAUCCAAAAACUAUUCUGUUGACAAAUAUGUGCGUGGCUCUCUUUGCUUCAAUGUGGGUUUCUAAUGUUGCUGCUCCAGUAUUAUGUUAUUCUAUCAUUCAGCCUUUGCUGCGGACUUUGCCCAAAAAUAGUUCUUUCGCCAAAUCACUUAUUUUGGGAAUUGCGUUGGCUUCCAACAUCGGUGGCAUGGCGUCACCAAUCGCAUCGCCCCAAAACAUUAUCUCAAUUGGAAUGAUGGACCCACAGCCCACAUGGACUCAAUGGUUCAUUGUUGCCUUACCCGUGUGUUUCAUUUGCGUUCUUGGAAUAUGGCUUAUGCUUUUACUGUCUUUCCCAGCCGACAAGGAUUUGAAAUUAUUACAAUUACACCCUAUCAGAGACCCAUUUACAAUACAACAGUGGUUUGUUACCCUCUGCACUAUAGGAACAAUUGUGCUAUGGUGCAUGGCUAAACAGUUAACUGGUAUAUUUGGAGAAAUGGGCGUUAUCUCCAUUAUCCCAAUUGUGCUAUUAUUUGGUACUGGUAUGUUAAGCUCAAGUGAUUUCAACAACUUCAUGUGGACCAUUAUUGUUUUGGCAAUGGGUGGAACUACACUAGGUAAGGCGGUCACUUCUUCGGGUCUCUUGGCUUCCAUGGCAUCUACCAUCAAAGAUCAAGUUCAAGAUAAACCCAUUUUCGUUAUCAUUUUGAGCUUUGGUAUCGUUAUUUUAACAAUGGCUACAUUUGUAUCCCACACAGUGGCUGCGAUGAUUAUCGUGCCUUUGAUGAGCGAGAUUGGCAAAAACUUACCGUCAGGCGAUCAUUCUCGCCUGCUCGUGAUGAUGGCAGCUUUGAUAUGUUCCGGCGCCAUGGGCUUACCUACCUCAGGAUUUCCGAAUGUCACUGCUAUUUCUAUGAUCGACGAGCUAGGAAAUCGGUAUUUGACUGUAGGAAACUUUAUUACCAGAGGUGUUCCUGCCAGUCUUUGGUCAUACUUCAUCAUCACGACCGUCGGUUAUGGACUGAUGAAAUUAAUUGGUUAUUGA